AUGGGCCUCGGCAUCGUCCUGGGCAACACCGUGCCCAGCGCCGGGCCCGCCCUCCACCAAGGCACCUUCGUCGGCGUAUCCAUCCCGAUCGCCGUGGGGCUCCUGGUGAUGAUGUACCCGAUCCUCUGCAAGGUGCGCUUCGAGACCCUCCACCUGCUCAUGCGGUCGCGGGAGCUGUGGAAGCAGAUCGCGAUCUCCUUCGGGCUCAACUGGAUCGUCGCGCCGCUGCUCAUGACCGGCCUGGCCUGGGCCUUCCUCCCCGACCGGCAGGGUCUGCGGGACGGGCUGAUCUUCGUGGGCGUGGCGCGCUGCAUCGCGAUGGUGCUGAUCUGGACCGACCUCGCGGGCGGCGACGGCGACUACUGCGCCGUGCUGGUCGCAUUCAACAGCAUCCUGCAGAUCGUCCUGUUCGCCCCGCUGGCCACCUUCUACGUCCAGGUGGUGUCGCGCGACCCCGGGCCGGACGGGGCCAACCUGUACCGGGAGUGCGCCGCCUCGGUGGCGGUGUUCCUGGGGAUCCCGCUGGCGGCCGCGGUCAUCACGAGGUUGUCGCUCCGCUGGCUGAUCGGGGAGCACAAGUACCAGCACUACUUCAUCCGGUACACGGCGCCAUGGUCACUGAUAGGACUGCUAUACACGAUUAUCGUCCUAUUCGCCUCGCAGGGCAUACAUGUGGUGGAGCAGAUCACCUCCGUGCUCCGCGUCUGCGCGCCCCUGGUGGUAUACUUCCUGACCAUCUUCCCCUUCACCGCCUGGAUGAUGUGGCGGGCCGGGUUCGGGUACCGGACGAGCUGCACGCAGAGCUUCACCGCCGCGAGCAACAACUUCGAGCUCGCCAUCGCCGUGGUCGUCGCGGUCUACGGCGCCGGCAGCCAGGAGGCCCUGGCGGCGACGGUGGGGCCGUUGAUCGAGGUCCCCGUGCUGGUCGCGCUGGUGUAUGUCAUCCAAUGGUGCAGGAAACGCUGGAACUGGAAGGAUUAA